AUGAUCCCACAAAAAACAUCACGAGGUGCCGCAGCUCUUGACCGUCCUAAGAUCUUUGAGGGAAUACCAUCAGAAUAUGCACGUCAGAAGCGUAAGGUGGUUCCUGCAGCAUUCUUUUGGGUGGUGGCAUUGUUUGUUAUACUGGCAGCCGUACUGGUGACGACUGUCUGCGAUACAGCCCCUCCGUGUACUACAACUACUGCAGGUACAAAUACAGGAACAAAUGCUGGCGGAGGAACUUCAAGUGCAACCCCAACAAAUGCUGCUGCAUCUUCUGCUUCAAACGGUAAUAAUGCAGCCACAACAACUGAAAAAGGGACUCCAGUAACAGCAGCAUUACCAUCUCCCACCAAACCAACACAAACCACUGCAGAUAUUAGAAAUCCUUUACCAAGUCUCACGGCAAAUCCAUAUGCAGGUGCCAAUGGAACAAUGACAUGGCAACAGUGUGUCGAUUACGGGAAAAUUGUCAUGAUGUCCUUUGCGCGUUCCAAAAUUACACAGCUACUUGUAAAGGAGCUGGAGGAUUUUA